AUGAGUCAGAUAGAGAAGCACAUACACAGAGCUGAGCGGGCUAGAGGCCUCAGGGACCAAAAAUACCGACUGAUCCCUCAGAAAAUUUCAAAUGAGAUGUUUCCCCCAAAAUCAUUAGUGCCAGAGGACGAAAAGAAUAAAAACAUCCAGAAAACACACAAAACCAUACCCAAAAAGCCUAAAGUAGAGUGGGCGAAGGAGCAGAUGAAACAACACAAAGACCGGAUGAUGAGAGGCAGAGCGCUCACCGAGCAGAGAAAGGACCAAAAUAAGAUGCCAAUGUUAACCAGCCACACCCGCCCUCACUUAAAACCCAAAGGGAAGAAAAAGGAAAAGAAAGAGUUUGAAAAGGUCAUAGCUUAUCCCAUCUACCAGCCUUCCAACGAAUCACUUAUAGAAGUGACAGUUCUGAUGGAAAAGUCGAAGGCGGAAAACGUACAAAAACCACUCCAAAGGGAACUCCUGAGUAUGCCACCAUUUUUGAAAAGUCAACUAAAGAGAAAUAAAAAGCUUAAGCCAUCUCCUUGA